AAAAUUCAACCACUCCUGGUGCACGAAAUUCUCGUGACUUGCACAAAACUAAUGAUGAAAUGAUAAAACCACCUAAUUCAUCAAAAGAAGAGACUGUAGUAUCGAAUUCUAACCGAGGUGUACCCACCAGCCAAACACGUCAAACUCUACAAGCCAGCAAAACUGUUAAUCAUUCACGGAACAGUUUAAAACCAACAGGCGGAGCAAUGACCAAUGACAAAGCAAAUAAAUUCUGUGCUGAAUGUGGAAGUACAUUUCCAAGUACAGCGGCAAGAUUUUGUCCAGAAUGUGGAAUGCGUCGUAUGGGAUUUUAAAACAAUUCCAAUUAACCAAUCAGUCAAUUGUAUAUCAUCACAGGGCAUUGCUAUAUGAUGCUAUUGAGUGAAAGAAAUCCUUUUUUCCUCUCAGAUAAUCAUAAUAAUAAUAAUAAUAACAAGAACAGCAUUUUAGUAGAGAAAUAAAAGUUUGAAAGUUCCACACAGUGACAAGGUUUCCCCUUGUAUUUGCUUAUUGUUACUACAUGUCGUACACUUUACAUGAAAAUACUGUUAUUACUGCAAUAAUAACCGAUCAUGCAUGUUGGCUAAUUGAUAGAACCUGCCAUCAGUUCUUGGCCUAAUAAUCUGCAGUAAGUACGCACAAAAGUCCAUUCAUUGCUCAAUUGCAAUGUAUAUUACUCUUUUUAUACAUUAAUAUUAUUAUUAUAAUAAUAAUAAUUAGUAAAUAGUAUCUUUGUUUGGCUACAAUGUAGUUUUGUGUAUCGCUCAGAUAUAUAUAAGCAUUCGUAUAUGCAUGAAUACGAAUGAAUGCAUUCACGUCCCCCACCCCACCUUUACACUUCUUCUUGCAGAUGCAUCUGACCUAUGGUGCUGCAUUCCCACAAAUGUACCAUUCCCCAGUUGUUGUUGUUUUUUUUUAACAUUUUGCUUUUUCACUUUUAAUUUCUCAAUUGUAGCUAUUUAACUAACACUAACGUUUUCAUUUCUCAUCUACAUAUGUUACCUUUGGUUAGCAUUGAAAAAAAGACUACAACACGAAAUCUAUUCAAAAAUUUUAAAAAAUCUUUCUAUUUAUUGUUUAAAACAACAAUGACGCUAUCCUGCUUUGCUUUGCCUUCUUUCUUUCUUUUACUUUAACAAUGUUCUUUCCUUGAGAAUAUAAACAAAUAAAAAUUGUGUAUAAUGAACUACUUAC